AUGUUCGUUAUACUAGCUUUGGCCUAUGUCCUCAUAGCCUUGCCAUCGACUCUAGCAUCAUGUGGCCCCAUCGACGAUGUGACCCUUACCUUUUACGGCUGGCCAGACAAUUCGCCUCCUGGAUCGGACAAUGCAUUUGACUGCGGACGUGGUAAAAAUGCGGAUGGGAACCCUAUGGCUGGAGGUAGCGGAACCUACGAUGAUCCUAUCUCCUUCGCAACUGCCACCAAUAAUAAAAACCUGCCAGAAUGCGCCGUCGUCUACGUCCCUCUCUUGCACAAGUACUUCCGCAAUGAAGACGACUGCGCUCAGUGCCUAACCGAUUGGGACUCGAAGGGGGAAUACCACAUUGACCUAUGGACUGGAUCAAACACUGCUGGUGGUGGUCAGGACCAGAUCAAUUGCGAAGACAAUUUGCCUGGAGGGUCGCAGACGAUUAUCCUUGAUCCACCGAAUAGUCUUCCUGUGGACAGUAUGGACCCCACUGCGCCCGCAAUCCAGUUUGUACACUAA